ACAUACCGGAAGUCUGGAGUGACGACAGUUUUGUAUUGAGAUUCUAAAGUGAAAAGUUCAAGUUGUAAUUAAUCGUCGAAACAGUGUGAGUUAUCAGGUAAAGCAAGGGAACCUGAAAAACAUUUCUUACGAGUGUAUAGAUAGUCCUGUUUUUCUCAGACUUUUAGACGUUAAUCGAAAAGAGCUGUGACCAUGGCUAACAUGCUUGAGAAUCAGCUGCUUCAAGCAGCCAAGGUCGUUGAAGGCCAGGUGGAUGCUGAGAUAGAAAAAUUGGAAAAGAUGGACGAUGACGAUUUCGAGGCUUUGAAGAGACGAAGAAUGGAAGCCAUGAAAAAAGCAUCUCAGCAGAAACAGGAAUGGCUGGCACAGGGUCAUGGUGAUUAUUCCGAAGUUGCAAAUGAGAAGGAAUUCUUUGAAGAGUGCAAAAAAAGCAAGAAAGUUGUAUGCCAUUUUUACAGGGAAAGCACUUUUCGCUGCAAGAUCGUGGACAAACAUUUCGAUAUCAUAGCUAAGAAGCACUUAGAAACCAAAUUCAUCAAAAUAAACGCUGAAAAAUGUCAUUUCUUGGUGGAGCGUCUUCGCAUAAAGGUUAUGCCCACUUUGUGUAUUGCCAAGGAUGGCAAGACCGUGGACUACAUUGUAGGCUUUGGGGAUCUGGGUAAUACAGACGAAUUCCCAACUGAGAUGUUGGAAUGGAGGCUGGGGUGUGCCGACAUCAUCAACUACAAGGGCGACCUGAUGAACCCACCAACUCUGGAUGGCAGCAGCAAGAAGAACAUCCUGCAUCAAAGCAAGGCGAAGAAGACCAUACGUGGUGGGGAUAAUGACAGCAGUGAUGAUGACUGGUGAACAUCGUCAUAGCAACAGGUUGCCAUGAUACAGACGUUGAAAAUGGUGCAGAACUUUGGAGCCUCUGUUCUCUCAUUUUGCAGGGCUGAGAGGAAGCAGUUGUAAUACCAUAAUGGCGGGUUGGAGAUAACAUAAGAGUCAUUACCUUCUUUAUACGCUGUGAUGACCAGGCUAUGUUUAUGCAACAUAAUCUGCUGCAUGACGAACAACUAUAUGUAAUAUAAUUCAGGGUUUGAACUUAACACUAGCCUGCUCGCCUGGGGCUAGUACAAAUUCCUGUUGACUAGUAAAAUUUCCCAUUUUCCCUAUUGUCUUAACAAUACAAGGGCAAUUUUAAAAUUUACCCGGGCUAGUCAAACGUUCAGGUUAAGUUCUAACUCUGUAGUUCCAUCUUGAAAAGGUCAUUGGUUUUGGUAGUGUAAAAGUCAUAAAAUAAUUUAUUUAUUGUAAUUAAUGUGUUCUGUUUUCAGAAAGACAUCUGAUAGCUUUGCACAUCCACCAUGCUAUUUUUUGUUGGUGUUGCUUAUAUUAUUUUCUUACUUAACAUGCUUAAAUACUACAUGUAAAAUAUGAAUUAAAAUACUUUAUCACCAUAA